CUCAAAGUUCAGAAGUUUUCCAAUGUUCGCUUCAGCAGACAGAGGCGGCAACUGCUGAAAUCUCACCGACGAUCAGAGACUUCGCUUUCCUUUCUUUUUUCACGCUGACAAAAACAGGAGACUGUUUUUUGAAUACAGAACUGAAUCACGGUUUUUAAGGGUGGAAAAGAAACUGGAAGCUACACAGCCGCUGCCUUUGGGAAGUUCGUUGUUUCUGAAGCAGUUACGGAGCUGUGGUGAGAAGAAAUGCAGGCGCGCUACUCUGUCUCAAGUCCGAACUCGCUGGGCGUUGUGCCCUACAUUAGCAGCGACCAGAGCUACUACAGAGCCGCCGGUGGCGGAUACACUGGGAUGCCGGCCCCAAUGAGCAUGUACUCUCAUGCGGCCCACGACCAGUACCCUGCCAGCAUGGCACGGGCGUACGGACCGUAUACCCCGCAGCCUCAGCCGAAGGAUAUGGUCAAACCGCCGUACAGUUACAUCGCCCUCAUCACCAUGGCCAUCCAGAACUCGCCGGACAAGAAGGUGACCCUGAACGGGAUUUAUCAGUUUAUUAUGGAGCGCUUUCCGUUUUACCGAGACAACAAGCAAGGCUGGCAAAACAGCAUCAGGCACAACCUGUCCCUCAACGAGUGCUUCGUCAAAGUGCCCCGCGACGACAAAAAGCCCGGUAAGGGAAGCUACUGGACCCUGGAUCCAGACUCCUACAACAUGUUCGAGAACGGCAGCUUCUUGAGGCGGAGGAGAAGAUUCAAAAAGAAGGACGCGCAGAAGGAGAAGGAUGAGAGGGACAGACAGCUUAAGGAGCCGGCGCCCCGGCCGCAGGGUCGGGAACAGGAGCAGCCAGUGCAGGGCUCGCAGCCGGUCCGAAUCCAGGACAUAAAGACGGAGAACGGGACCUCGACGCCGCCGCAGGCCGUUUCCCCGACCCUGAACACUGUGCCCAAAAUCGAGAGCCCCGACAGCAGCAGUAGCAUGUCCACCGGCAGCCCUCAUAGUAUCCCGUCCAACCGAUCCAUCAACCUGGAGUCCUCCGAGCAUCACCACCACAGCCAGGCCCCGGCCCAGGGUUUUAGCGUGGACAACAUUAUGACAUCCCUCCGGGGAUCCCCGCAGGGCGCCACGGAGCUCAGCUCCACGCUCAUCGCCUCUUCCAGGACAGGUAUAAGCCCUUCUUUGUCGCUUAACUAUUCGCCCAACCAGACCUCUGUCUAUAGCCCACCCUGCAACCAGAACGCCAUAUCCACUAGCUCGAACGCGACCUACCAUUGCAACAUGCAAGCCAUGAGCUUGUACGCUGGUGAUCGAUCUGGCCACCUGGCACCUUCGACCACCGUGGACGAAACGCUGCCCGAUUACUCCAUCACGACCACCACUUCUUCACUCACUCAUAGCAAUCUAAGCUCGGGUCAGGACGGCCACCACCCCCACCAAGGGCGACUCGCUUCGUGGUACUUAAACCAGGCUGGAGACCUGAGCCACCUCAGCGCUUCGUACCCCUCGCAACAGCAGAACUUUCAUUCGGUCCGGGAGAUGUUUGAGUCCCAGAGAAUUGGCUUGAAUAACUCUCCAGUGAACGGGAAUAACAGCUGUCAAAUGUCUUUUCCCUCGAGCCAGUCCAUCUACCGCACAUCCGGGGCUUUCGUGUAUGACUGCAGCAAGUUCUGACCAAAAUAUUUUCAUUUUUAAUAUCCUUUUUUUCAUUUUUCAACUUCAUUAUUUUUUUAUAAACCCAAAAAGAUCCUUUACACAUUGCUCCCGCCUUCCUUAAUGGACUAAAAUGAUACUGAGAGACAGAAAGCAUUAUCUUGGUGUGUAAAGGACAGUGUUACUCCAAAUAACACGUAAGUUUCUUCUCGCUUUUGAGAGCUAUGUUUUAAAGAUUAUGUUAAAACAAAUAUGUCAAGUUUUCAUGGACUUGUUAUUAAGUGUAAAUGGCAUAUAGUAAUUUAUUUUUAAAAGUGUAGUUGGAAGUUGUGGACCAAACACCGAAAAGUGUUUCUAAAUUGAACUGCCUUAAUUGUUCAGAAAUGUUCCAUUAUAAAAAGGGAACUUGUAU